AUGGGUCUUCGAUUCUGUGGUGCUCAAAACGGUGUCAAGAUGGGAGUGUUGAACGCUCCCAGGCGGGCCAUAUGGAUUUGCUCCAUUGUCAGCCUCACUGCAUUUCUCAUCUUCUUCUGCUUUCCAGUCUAUUCGUUUUACCCGCUGAAACCCAUGGUCUCUCCAUCGAAUCCUCCACCUCCUUCUGCUCCACAAGCAACAGAUACCUUCAGUGCCAAUUGCCAUAAGAAACCUCGACCGGAAGCAUUUAAACAGCAUGGCAAUGGAACCGAGAGCCUGGCUCUACCGAAGCUGAUGGCGGAACUAUGGAAACCCCUAGUACACCCCAUCAUGGAGAGAGUGUUCGUCACCGACAAGGGAGAACGCUUCGAAGUACCAAUCGACCAAGUGCGAUGGAAGAAGCCAUUAGGGAAACGGGUUGUUAUAGUUGAUACUGAUACUCGACUUGAUGUCCGUGCAGCCGAUUAUCCCGAUCGACACGGAACUUGGGUAAAGCCUGCCAUCACCAAAGAGGCUCUCAAGACCCACGAUUUUGUCAUUUCACUCGACUCAGACGCCGUCUUUACGCAUCUCGACCUCCCACUAGAAUGGCUCAUGAACCUCUGGGAUUACCGCCCAGAAACAUUAGUCGCCAUGGCUUACGACCUCGACUGGGAACAAGACUACGAUCCCCAAGGAAACCUCAUCCUGAACACGGGCUUCGUCAUCGCACAAGCAAGUCAGCGUACCCAAGACAUGUUUCAGCGAUGGGAAGAUUGCCCAAGGAGUAUACCUGGCUGCAACCAUUGGAACCACAAGUGGGCACAUGAGCAGAGCGCCUUUUCGUACUAUAUCCGGUAUGAGUUCAACCGAACACAUGAUGUGAAAAACAUACCAUGUAAUCAGGCCAACGGGAAUGAGUUCACGCUUGAUGGAAAUGGAGAGUGCAAGGGUGUUUUUGUAAGCCAUAAUUGGAAGCAUAAACACAAGACGCCCGAGCUGUUGAGCAGGAGUAUCAUGACUUCGCUGGCCCGUCGGGUACAUGGGCAGUUCCACAAUGAUAUCAAAGACUUAUACCUAGAUGCCUCGAAGCAGACAUAUCCAAUCGCUGAUGCGGCACCCUAG